AUGAAAUUCACUGCUUCUACUAUGGCCACCGUUUUGGCUGCAACUGCUUCCGCUGCAACCAUUGACCAACAAAAAUCAAACUUGGUUGCUAGACAAGAUGUUGAAAGAGCAUUGAGCUCGUUACCAGGCAAAUUCGCUGCCGUCAAGAGAGAUGGAGAACCAGACUUGGCUGCUUUAUCGGCUCACAUUGACAACUACAGAGCCAAGAGGGAUGCAAUCGAUAUGGAAAUUAUCAAAAGAGAUUACGCCAUUGUCACCGAUGUUUUGACUGCUAUCAAUCAAUCUCAAUUGGCACCCAAAAUUUUGGAAUACUUUGUCACAAAUGAAACUUUUGAACCAAUUAUUGUCAACGUCUUGAUUGCUGUUAUGAAAAGUGGUUUGAUUUCCUUGGAAUCAGUUUUGAAUGCUUUGGUUUCAUCCAACUUGGCUGUUAAUGUUAUCAACGAUUUAAUUAGUGAUUGCUCAUUAUAUGCUGAACUUUUCAAUGCUGCUGCUGAAGUUAUUAGCAACUUGGCUGAAAAGGUUGAAGAAAAGAUUUCCGAGGGUGUUUCAUCGUUGAUUACUAGAGAUGUCAAUGACAAUUCGCUUGAAGCCUUCAUUGCCAAUGUUGACAAGAGAGAUCUUGAUGAUGUGGUCAACAACUUAUUGGAUUCAUUGUACAAGUCAGGUUUGGCUACUUCAGUAGUCAAGGAUGUAUUGACCAACUCUGCCUACAUUCCAUUUGCUACCGAUUUGAUUAAGGCUAUGUUGGCCAACAACUUGAUUGACCUUGGAUCAAUCAUCAGUGCAUUGAAACAAUCUGGUUUGAUUACUCAAUUGUUCCAAGAAUUCUUCAAAUGGGAUACUUUACAAACGGUUGCUGAAACUGCAUUUGCAGCCUUGGCUGGUGAAUGUAGCGGUUCCUCAAGCGGCGGCUCUGGUGGUACAUCUACUCCAUCUACAGGUAAUGGUGGAAGUGGCACUGGUAGUGGAAGUGGUUCGGUCACUUCAAAUGUUGGUAGUGCAGAUCCAUGUAAAAAGAGAAGAAGAGUCAGAAGAAGAAGAAGAUCAAACUACUAA